AUGGCCAACCUUCUCAUCAGUGCAUUCUGGCAGCAAUUAGGAUCUUUGCCUCAGAUGGCAGCUGAUUCUACAAGUGCCACAAGGAAAAAUGCAAAGGUGUAUGUGAAGAAGAUGUUGAAAUAUGUACCCAUAAUGGGAUGGGCAUGGGUAUUUGCUGAGAUAGUCUUCCUGGAACGGAAGUGGGAACAGGAUCACCUCACAAUUGCUUCCCAACUUGAUAUCAUUGCUGAGUAUCCUGAUCCCAUAUGGCUGCUCCUGUUUUGUGAGGGGACCCGCUUCACACCUGAGAAGCAUGCAGCGAGCAUGGAAGUGGCCAGACGCAAAGGCCUGCCUGAGUUCAAGCAUGUCCUCCUCCCCCGGACCAAAGGCUUCCUCUUCUCUGUUGAGCAGCUUAGGGGGAAACUUCCAGCCAUCUAUAGCUGCACAAUGGCCUUCAAUAGGACAGAGGGAGCAGAGCCAACUGUGAUGAGUGUGUUAAAUGGGAAGCAUGUUGUGUGUGAGGUUUACUUUGAGCGAAUUCCUCUGGAAGAAGUGCCAGAAGAUGAGAAACAGGCAUCCAAGUGGCUUUUUGAUCUCUAUGCCAAAAAAGACAAGCUUUUGGACAGCUAUUACAAGACAGGGAGCUUCACAAAGACAAGUGGAUAUCCAGAGAUGCCACUGAGUCUAAUGAAGUGCAGAAUCUACUCUCUCCUCAACAUCAUAUUUUGGAAUGUCCUUGUCCUCAUCCCUGUUUUCAUUUUUGUGUUCAAUAUUAUUUGCAAUGCAUCCUCCAUCAGCAUUGUGAUCACCAUAUCUAUCAUGAUCUUAGUGUAUUUGGCAGUGAACAAGAUGAUCCAGCUGACAAAAGUGAGCCAUGGGUCAUCUUAUGGCCAAGUUACAGCAUCCUCUCAAUCAUCCAAAAGUGGCUCCUCUCUCCCAAAUGGCCAGCCCACAGAGGACAAGAAGGAACUGUGACCUUGUCUAUGGAGACAUGUAUGGAGAAAGCCUUUCUCCUAUCUUCCAAGUGUUGCAUGUAGCAUAAGUACAUACAGUAUUAUUUGUAGGACUCAUGGGAUAUUAGCUGACAUCCGUCACAACUGGAAGUCCUUUAAAGGGGUGCAUUCAGAAACUCAGCCGUUCAUCAAUGUACUUGCUUGAUUGCAUUUAUAUGCUAGCACAGCCCACCACUGGUCUGUUACACAAAAGAUUACUCAAUGUUGGUGUUUCCCACAACUCUGCCUGUGCAAUAUGUGCUUGACUUUUGGGGAAAGGUGAUAAAAGAAAUGCACAACAUUGCUUCCAAGUGCAAAAGCCAUUGAGCAAGCAUACCUGUGUGCUCUCACUGAUGAACAGGUGAGUUUUAGAAGGUGCCUGAAGUGUUUUAUUCUUGGGAUUGUAUUUAUUCAGUUGGGGUGACAGGGGAAUCUAUAGAAUUGUUUCCAUUACAGAUCUCAGGGAUGAAGGAUUCUUGGCUUCAGAGAUACUUAUGCACUCUUUAGGCCUAAUAUUAAUUUUUGGAAUUUGAGUCUGACUGGAAUUUGAUAUCAGACUGGGACCUUUCCUUUUCUCUCCUGCUUUGGCCUCUACACUGAUUUAUACUGAUAUAAGAUUAAAUGAUUUUUCCCAAUGCAAGGAAGAAACUUAAAAGAUAUAAACCCUGAGUGUAGUAGUAAAUUAUAGAAGUUAUGAAUAUUGAGGCUCAAACCGUGAAGGUACACCCAUAUGAAAACAUGUUUCACAUGUUUUAUUGAUAUAAAUUUCUUUUUCUUGUCAUAAAAGGAGAAAUACAUAUAUAUUUUUUGCCAGCAUUUAGUUCACUGAAGUUUCUGGGUUUAGAAAGUUAUAUUACUCUUUCGAAUAGUGGCUGAAUUGUUGAUCCUUGGGCUUGGGAUAUGCUAGUGACAUGGAGAAAUGUUACUUUUGAGCUAUAGCUAAAUUUUGCACUUGGUAGAAAAUGGUACAAUGUGGGUAUAUAUCUCUUCUGGAUAGACUAUGUUUCUUUCUUGAUUCCAUUUAUCACAUUUUGGCCAAUAGAGGACAUAUAAUACUAGAAUUGUCUCAGCACUGACAUUUUGGGCAUUCUCUAAUUUUGGGCAAUUAAAGGUCAUCUCAUGGUUCCUAAUUGACCUUUAAGUACUGAUAUUUUGAUGCAUCACUCCAUGUGACUGGGAGGGAUUUAGUAUCAUCUUAUUGUAAGCAAACAGGAUGUAGUACAGAUGAUAGUAUUGGCUCAUCUCAUCUAAAGUUGAAUAAACUUAGACCUAUCAGGGAAACUAGGAAAUCCAUCCAGUCUUGUAGUACAGUUGUUCUCAACUGGUGGUCCAGAGAUCACUGAACUCAUGUAUGUUCAAUGGGAGUAAAAGGGAGGUUGAGAACUACUGUAAAAUGUAGUACAUUUUUGUCUGUGAUUCAUAUCUAUGUGCUGAUUGAGGAUUUAGUGGAGGCAGUACUUAAAAUUAGAUAAACAUUUCCCUGUGAUAAGUCUUGCCUCCUCAUGGUGUUUCUUGCAAAGUUUAUGCACAAUGUUGUGUCCAUUUUUCAAAAGACAAGUGGUUUGCUUUAACUCACUUCACCCACCCUAUUCCCAGAGUUUCAUUAUUGAUAAUGAUAAAAAUGAAAGUGAUUUGUAUUACUGGAC